CGGCGCGGUGACAGCUGGGUAAAUUCACCGACAUACAGGAAGAAUAGGACGAAGCCCAGUCUGCCCUGCAAGCCUGCACACCGCACACACCCACGGCGACAUAAAGGACCAAAUCACUGCUUGACCAGGUUAGCAGAUAUGGCUGAGUUGGCGAGUCUAGUGCAGCGGCUGGAGGUGGCGGUGGGUCGCCUGGAGUCCAUGUCGGGACCUGGAGGCAGUGGAGAUUCUGCUGGAGGAGCUGUUUCGGCGUACGUCGAGGCCUUUGACGAGAUCGUCAAAGGUCCCGUGGCUGAAUACCUCUCCUUCAGCCAGAAGAUCGGCGGCGAUGUCCAGAAACAUGCAGAGAUGAUGAAGGUGGCAUUCAACACUCAGAGACAAUUCCUCGUAACAGCCUGCAGCUGCCAGAAGCCCUCAGACAAAGAUUUGCAGAAUAUCCUGGCCCCGGUGUCCAAAGAAAUCCAGCAGGUGCAGUCAUUUCGUGAGCAGAACCGCACCUCGCCGCUGUUCAACCACCUUUCUGCUGUGAGCGAGAGCGUGCCUGCCCUUGGAUGGAUUGCCAUGGCUCCUAAGCCAUGCCCCUAUGUUAAAGAAAUGCAGGAUGCCGCCAUGUUCUACACCAACCGUGUGCUAAAGGAUUACAAGGAAAAGGACAAGACACAUGUGGACUGGGUGAAGGCCUACCUCAGCAUCUGGACUGAACUCCAGAACUACAUCAAACAGCACCACACCACCGGGGUGACCUGGAGCAAGACCGGUCCUGUGGCUUGCGCCUCUGCAGCUUCCCCCAGGGCUCCUGCUGGUGGAUGUCCUCCCCCACCUCCCCCUGGACCACCUCCUCCCCCCAUGGACUGCAGUGCUCCCUCUGGCGGCGGCGGUAAUGGUGGUGCUGACGUUCGUAACGCUUUGUUCGCCUCACUUAACAAGGGAUCGGACAUCACCAAAGGCCUGAAGCAUGUGAGCGACGACCAGAAGACCCACAAGAAUCCUAACCUGAGGGGAACAGGUCCUUCAGUACGUUCCGGGCCAAAACCUUUCUGUUCCCAGAGCCUCCGAGGUCCUGUGUCUGCCCCCACAACCCAAACACACCCUCCUGUGUGUGAGCUGGAAGACAAGAAGUGGAAAGUGGAGUACCAAGAGAAAGCACAGCUGGAGAUUGCAGAGACUGAGCUGAAACAAGUGGUUUACGCUUUCAAGUGUAACAAUAGCACCCUGACAGUCAAGAACAAACUUAACUCCAUCACUUUAGACAACUGUAAGAAAACGGGCCUGGUGUUUGACAACGUCGUGGGCAUUGUGGACAUCAUCAACUGCAAGGACGUCAAGAUCCAGGUCCUGGGUAAGGUCCCCACUAUCUCCAUCAACAAGACGGACGGUUGCCAUGUCUACCUGAGCAAGGACUCUCUGAACUGCGAGAUCAUCAGCGCCAAGAGCUCAGAGAUGAACAUCCUGGUACCGAAAGACGAUGACUUUGUGGAGAUCGCUGUUCCUGAGCAGUUCAAGACAGUCUGGGACGGCAAGAAGCUUGUCACCACAGCAACAGAGAUCGCCGGCUAGACAGGGCCAGCAUGUGAAACGGCGGCCCCUCCUCGUCACCAUCCCCACCUCCUUUUUUUGCAAAUGCCUUCCUGACUGAUCGACCACCCCACUAGCUAACUCUCACACUGUAGACUUGAGAUUUGGAUCUCAUAUAUUCCCCCCCCCCCCUAACAGCCAAUCACAGCUUAAGCUGUCCCUUCCAUCAGCCAAUGAGAGGACUGCUCGCUUUUAUCUGGAGCAAAAUCCUCCAGCCAAUCAGCAGGGAGCGGCUUGUCGUUCAGAUUUUUUUCUUCCUGUGAGCCAGUGAGCACUUUUCGAACACAUUCACGAGUUUUGCCAAUAGCUGGGAUGCUCUGUAUAUUAUUUUGUAUCUAUCUGGAUAAUGCUAAGCUAAAUUUAACACGUAGAUUAGCUAACAUGGGAUUAAAAGCGCUGCAGCCAAUCAGGCUCAGCUAUCAGGAUGCUUCAGCUAUUACUCCUUCUCUUCUGGUCGGGAGCAGCUGGCGUUUUUUAAGCUGUGGCCUGAUAGGUUUCUGUUCCAUUAUAUGCAACCCACUGGUGAAGCACUUGUCAAACAGAGGAUAAAGGCAUCCAUAUCACCUCCGCUGACAAUAGUUGACUAUAAUAAUAACAUUCAUAGUGGAUAAUAAUAUGAAAAAGAAGUCAGCACUCUCAGAGCACAUUCAUAGGAGAAAAAACAAGUUGUGUGCACAUCAUGAAACUCUGAAACUCUCCAUCUAGAUGAUGUUGGAACAAUAAAAUGAUCAUUCCAUGUGCUUUUCCUUAAACCCCACACAUAGCACAUUCCCAAAUACUAAAAUAACAUUCCAUAUAAAAGAGGCAUGUAAGAAAAGUUUGCGAUAAAGAGCAAAGCGAUACAAAGAGGAAGAGAGAGACUGACGGACAUCAUCAUCGUCGAUUGAAUGCUUCACCUCCGCCUCAGUCUCUAGAUUGGAAAUAUCUGCUGUCAUCAUCUGUGUAGAUAUUAAUAAUUACUGAAUAGUCUUGAAAUAUUAACCUGACCAUCACUCUGAGCUCACACCUGCACUCUUUGGUUAUCUUCAGCUCUUGAUGCUGUUCGCUGAAUUUUCUUUUAUAUCGUCUCUUUCUUUUUACCUCUUGAUUUUUUUUUUGGGUCCAAAAAUCAGAAUUUUGCUCAUUAGUACUGGAGACAUCAUUAAAACAUGUUGCAAUAAA